GUUGCUACAUAUAAAGUCUACGCAAAUUCAGUUUCCAUCAUCAUUUACAUCUAGAGCCGUCCGCCAACAUAACGGAAUCGAUCGGAAUCAUGGGAAUUUUGCCAACUAUGGAAUCCAAGGUCGGGGACGAGGUUCAACUUGACGCCAAUGAAUGGGCCCCGGAGGUCGCAAUUUCGGGCGGUUUGGGGAUCCUCUUAUCUUCCUACCAACGAACACCAAUUUCCUUAUUCCACGUAUGCACCAGUAUCUCUGGGCAACUGUGGGAUGCCAGCAUUGCAGUCGAUCAGGAUUGCAGUGCGCACGACUUUCUCGAGCGCAUUGGAAAAUCUUAUGAGCAGAGCACCGCAUUCCCCGUCGCAUCACAAACCUUCUGGUUGCGUACAGACAGCUUCGAGAACUGGACAACUACCAAUGAGGGGGCUUCCGAUCCACAAAGUUCUGCUAUCCCGCGUCAGAUCCUCUGCACGGUGAAAGAGUCACAAGCAUCGCGUUCGCUGGUCCUGGAGAUCAGCGGAGAGGCCUCUUCCGCUAAUGCAAGAUUUCUCAGUCAAAUUGUACACAUUACCAGACAAUUGGUGGCUGCAACGAGUUGCGGACGGACGCUGCGCGACCUCAACUUGAUCUGUGAUCUGGACCGACGGGACCUGCAGCGAUGGAACCAGCAACCCCCUUCAACCAUAGCAUCCACAAUCAACGAGACGUUCAAACAGAGAGUGCUUGAGAGCCCAGGGUCGCAAGCCGUGGAGUCUUGGGACGGCGGACUUACAUACCUGGAGCUUGACACCCUGUCCUCGCGUGUGUGCUCGCUACUGCUUGAGGCGGGAGCGCGUCAAGGAGAUUGCAUUCCUCUCUGCUUUGAGAAAACGCUCUGGACCGUGGUGGCGAUGCUGGGCGUGCUGAAGAGUGGCUGUUCCUUUCUGCUCAUGGAUGUCUCACACCCCACAAGUCGACUACAGACACUAUCUCAAGAAUCCAAGGCCACCAUUGUCCUCAGCUCUUCUGCUCAGGAAGAGAGAGCAACCAGUCUGGCACCCCGAACCUUUGUUGUGUCCGCUUCCUCAUUGUCGGCUCCUGCAGGAAACGAGCAACAUGAGAUUCAAGUCAAUCCCUCCGAUGCAGCAGUUGUCAUCUUUACGUCGGGGACUACGGGCACUCCUAAAGGGAUUCAACUUGAGCAUAAAUCGGUGUGUUCCACACUAGCAUUGGCAAAACUCUUUGGCAUAAGCAGGAAUACUCGAUAUUUCCAGUUCUCGUCUUACGCAUUCGAUGCCGCGUUCGGAGAGACCCUCAUGACGUUGAUGCACGGCGGUUGCGUCUGCAUUCCUUCCGAUGCAGAUCGUUUGAACAAUCUGGCAGAAUCAAUACGCAACUUCAAUGCCAAUGCGGUCCUUCUCACGCCUACCGUUGUGCGAUUACUAUCACCAUCAGAUGUUCCGUGUCUGACAACACUCAUUGCUGGCGGAGAGAAGGUCACACAAGAUAUCGUGGGGCUGUGGGCAGACAAGCUGGACUUGAUCAUAGUCUACGGUCCUGCGGAAACUACUAUAGCAUGCGUCGCGAAGAAAGCCCAUCCCGCAAGUGACGACGCCGUUCGGAUUGGGUUUCCUGUCAACAGCCGUGCUUGGGUAGCGCGCCUGGAUGAUCCGAAUCAGCUUGCUCCUGUAGGAGCUAUCGGAGAGCUGGUGGCGGAAGGGCCGGGAAUCGCACGAGGUUACAUAAAUAACGAGUCGGGAAAUGCGGACUCAUUCCUCGACUCUCCACCGUGGGCAAAAGACUGGGAGUCGAGCGUGGCCUCAAUGGGACGGAGCUAUCGAACUGGUGACCUGGUUCGGUACACCGAAGACGGUGAACUUAUUUUCAUUGGUCGACGUGACCGCCAGGUCAAACUUCGUGGCCAAAGGAUUGAGCUCGAGGACAUUGAGACUAAAUUGAAACAGCAUCUUCGACUCCCAGAAGCCAACAUACUCCUGGAAGUACUUGAUGUACACGGCACUGCCAAUUUGGUAGCUUUUCUUCAUCACCCCAGUAUCAACGACACACCUGGACAGGAAGUUGACGGAGACACCACACAAAUGACUGAAGAGAUGGAGAUGGAGAUCGAAGGACUUCGUGCACGAAUUUCAGAAGUGCUUCCCGCCUACAUGUGGCCCGUCGCAUGGAUACCCCUAAAAGAAGUUCCCCUGGGUCCCACAGCGAAGCUUGACCGGCGCAAGCUCUUGAGCAUAGGGAAUAAUUUCUACUCCAGAUUGCGAACGAGUGAUGAAGAAGACAAAGACCUAUCGCCCAUCGAGUCAGUACUGGCCCGGAUGUGGAGACAACUUCUCCCAUCUGCUCAGAGCCUCACGCCAGAUGCCAAUUUCUUCCAACUCGGUGGAGACUCACUCCGAUGUAUGAAACUGGUGGCGAUGGCCAAUCAGGAAGGUUUUCAUUUGACUACGGAGACGGUGUUCAAAAACCCAGCACUAUCCGCCAUGACGACCGCCAUGCAGGAAGUUCCUGCUGCUGCCGACGACGCGGAUGAAUCCCACCGAAUCAUCGCCCCAGCCCCAUAUUCACUUACACAAGACGAUCCUUCUGAGAUCUGGUCCUUGCUGGAAGAAUACGGCCUUGGUCAUGAGGAGGUCGCGGGUAUUUUUCCUUGCACAGCUCUCCAAGCUGGGCUGUUUUCGCUAUCGCUGGCGCUCCCCACAUUAUAUUCGAGCCAGUUCGUAUUCGAUUUUUCGGGUGCUGUGGACAUCGAACGGUUCAAGGCAGCUUGGGAGAGUGCGACUACUGCGUUCCCAAUCCUGAGGACAGCAAUCGUACCGUCUUCUUCCAGCCUCAUGCAGGUGGUCCUAGGAUGUUAUGCGGAGUGGAAUGAGGUCAGGCAAGAUCUUGCCUCAUUCCUGGCUGCAGACAAAGCGGUCUCCUUUCAGCCUGGUCAGCCUCUCAGCCGGCAUUACCACAUCCAAGACCCAUCAUCCGGCCAGUCUCAUUUUGUUUGGACGCUUCACCACGCGGUAUUCGAUGGUUGGAGCCUGGAGUUGGUGGUCGAUCAUAUCCGCCAUAUUUAUUGCUCCCGCACAGAGAUUGUGAAGCCAGCAGGAAGCUUCCAAGAGUUUGUGCAGUUCUGCGAGGGUCUGAACCGAGAUGAAUGUACUUCAUUCUGGAGAGAGCAGCUCAAGAAUGCACCAACACCAUCAUUUCCCAAUUUCCCGAAGGCCGGGCAUCUGGCAGCAGACAGAUCCUGUUUGCGACACACCAUGGCAGCCCCAACAGCAGCCACCACAACUACAACGGUUCUGGCCAGAGCAUCGUGGGCUCUUCUCCUUUCGGAGUACGAGGGUUUGGACGACGUCACAUUCGGAAACUCCCUUCAUGGACGCAACUCCCUGCCUCCUAAGCUGCAGGAUGUUGUUGGACCCACCAUCACAACUUUGCCGAUUAGGGUGAGAAUUGACCUCACUCAAACCGUUCGCGGCUUCUUGGAAGGCCUCCAAGAGCAGUUCUCGGCCAUGAUCCCUUAUGAACAAUUUGGCCUCUCUGAAAUCCUGGGCAUAGAUCAGGAUGUCCAAAAUGCCGCUUCGUUCCGUACUCUCUUGAUUGUUCAAAUCGAUGAUACCAAAUCCUUGGAGGAACAAGGUAUCAGGCUGAAUGAACUCGAGAGAUCCCUACACGAAUAUCCAUUGGUACUUACGCUUAUGCCUGGGAAGUCUCAGAUUGAGAUAGUCGCCACAUUCGACGGCGAUGUCAUUUCACCGCCGCAGGUCCAAAGAAUACUUGAACAAUUCGAGCAAACAUUUCACGAACUCAGCACGGUGUCUAGAGACACCAAAGUCGGCGAAUUGGACCUCGCAAGUGAGGCAGACAAGUCAAGAAUGUUUGAGUGGAACGCUACGCAUCAUAAGGCUUACGAGGUUUGCGUUCAUGAGUUGAUCCGAGAGCGAGUAAGACACUUCCGAACUUCGCCGGCAAUCUAUUCUAGAGAGGGCACCAUGGAUUACGCGACCUUAGACGGGCUAUCUGACGGCUUAGCGGGAGAACUGGUGCGAUCAGGUGUGAAGCCAGGCAACACCGUGGGUGUCCUUUUCGAGAAGUCACAGUGGGCUAUAGUGAGUAUUUUGGCCGUCAUUAAAGCAGGCGCCGCCUUCGCGCCACUGUCACCGACGUAUCCGCGAGCACGUCUCGAAGGUAUUGCCAGCGAUGCCGGUAUCAAAGUCGUUCUCUGCUCUCCAUUACAAGAGGAAGCGUUUCCCAAUCCACCCUGGAGGAGUCUUGUCGUUUCUGACGACACAACAUACUUUUUCACGCCCGCUGCGCAGAUCCACGGCAAGGUUGCGACCCCGGACAGCCUGCUUUAUAUCCUUUCAACAUCAGGAACUACUGGGACUCCCAAAAUCUUUGGAGUACAACACAAGAGCUUCGCUACUGGUGCUAUGGCUCGUGCGCCUUUGCUUAGACGUGGACCUGACUCUCGCGUGCUCCAAUUUGCACCAUACGCCUUCGACCCGAGUGUCGAGGAUAUAUUGACGACGCUCAUGUUCGGCGGUUGUAUCUGUGUACCAUCAGACGAGGAUAUCAUGGGUGAUAUCAGCGCGUUUAUGAAAACCGCGCGAGUCAACUUUGCCAACAUCACUCCCUCUGUGGCCUAUACAUUGAAGCAGGACGAAUUGCCGGAUUUCAAGAUACUGCUGCUCUCCGGAGAAGCUCCCGACCAAGCUCUAGUGGACAAAUGGGACGGCAUCGUACGAGUCAUGAAUGGAUACGGGCCAAGUGAGUGUUCUGUCAAGUGCGCUAUGAACUGCAACUUGUCACGCAACGACCCUAGGAACAUUGGACACAGUGCUGGAACCAGCCUAUGGAUUGUGAGGCCCGAGAGCCACAACCGCCUCACUCCUCUUGGGGCAGUGGGGGAACUUGUCAUUGAGAGUCCACAUCUGGCAACAGGUUAUAUGAACCGCCCCGAAGCCAAUGAGGAGAAAUUUAUUCUCAGUCCACCGUGGUUGCGAGACUUCCGAGGCGACCACAUCACGCGCAUGUAUAAGACGGGCGAUCUUGUCAGAUAUAUGGAAGACGGCAGCAUCUUGUACAUCGGACGUGGGGAUAUGCAACUGAAACUACAUGGCCAGCGGCUUGAGGGUGAGGAGGUGAGGCAACGCAUUCAGGAAUCGUUGUUCGACGCGCAGCUUCAAGUGAUUGUCGAUAUCACAAGAUUUGAGGGUCAGGAUUCCGACGUUCUUGUCGCUUACCUGGCUCAGAAAGGAGAGUACCGGGGAGGUGAAAUGGACAUCGACCAUGCACUACAGCAGCACCUGGCGGAUAUGAAGGAACAUAUGAUUCGCCAAAUCAGCACUUUCCUACCGAAAUACAUGAUACCCUCGGUAUUCCUAGCAGUUACGAAUAUCCCCGUCACAGCGAAUGGCAAGGCCGACCGCCGCGCACUCAAAGCUUACACUGCGCGACAGCGCCUUGGGCCUCACCUGCUUCUUUCUGGAGAAAAUACAGUUCGGCAACCUAUUUCGGAAACAGAAAAGCUGCUGCAUAGUUUGUGGCAAAAGCUUCUUGGAUUGAACGGCGAGCAAUUCGGAACCAAUUCCAACUUCUUCGAGCUUGGUGGGAGUUCUCUGGCGGCAAUCAAGCUGGCGUCUGCGGCACGAGAACUCGGACACAAUCUUUCGGCACAGAUAAUAUUCAAAAAUCCGGUCUUGUCUGCCAUGGCUAGUCAGAUGGCACCUCUGAACGAGACAAUAACAUCGGGUCCAUCCAGGUUCAGCCUACUGGGGAAAAUUGAUCGCAGUGUCCACCAACUAAGGAAAAGCCUUGUGGCUCACCAUAUCGAAGAGCAAGACGUUGAGGAUGCAUAUCCCUUAACACGACAACAGCAACGUUACAUGGAAGGUGAGAUGAUCUCGCCAGGAGGUACUACUCACCGGCACAUCAUGCAACUGCCGGCCAAUAUGGAUUUGGUCAGACUUGAGACUGCUCUGCGGCGUGUUGUGCAGUCGAAUGCAAUUCUGCGGACUCGAAUCAUCUCGGUAUCGUCACAAUUGGUCCAGGUUGUGCUGAAAGAAGACUUUGCUUAUCGCCACGUUGAGGCCUUGUCAUCUCUCGUCUCCGAGGAUCGAAUGGUAUCGUGGGGUCUUGGGAAACCGCUAUCACGAUUCAGCAUCGUGGAUGGUGGGCACUCUCAGGAUAGAUGGCUCGUCUGGUCAAGCGCCCAUGUUGUGUUCGAUGGCUGGUGUCGAAAGCUGUUGUUGGAAGAGAUCGACUAUGCGUAUCACCACGACGAUAGCCCGCCGAAACGGCCGCAGUACAACAGGUUCAUCGAGUACGUCUACGGAUUGGAAAAGGACGAAGCCGGCUCCGCGCUUGUUAGGGAACUCGAGGAUAAAAGGUUCUGGAGUUACUUCACCUUGGACGGCACAAAGACCCCGGGUAUGACUCACGUGUUGUCCCUCAGCAUCGACUUCCAGGCAACUCUCCCAGCUGAACUAUCCUACCCAACCGCGAUGCUCACAGCUUGGGCAAUAGUUGCAGCGCACGUCGAAGAACAUGACCAUUUCCUGUUCAACAUUCUGUUGAGCGGUAGAGAUGCCGAUUUCACGGGAAUCGACAAGCUCAUGGGGCCUGUGAGCACAACAGCGCCUUUGGCCACCAGCAUCAACCGUGACUGGACUUUCCGAAAGAAUGUGCAAUUCAUACAGAAGCGAAUCGACGAAGCUAGGAGUGUGCAGCACUUGAUCCGACUCGGCGAUAAGCUGGAUCGGUUGCUAGCGUCUACCCCCGUUGUCGUCGUCCAUCCUCCCGAUGAUUACGAGGAAGCAGCAACCAAGCACCUCGGACUGGUCAGAAGCCGCGUUGAAUCGGUCCAGCGGUUGGUAGACACCAUGUUCAUGAACUUUUGCCUCCGGCCUAGCAAUGCCGGGGUAGAUCUUAUCAUGACGAUUGACUCCAGCUUUUUCCCGGAAGAUAACGCCGUUCGGUACUUCCGCUAUCUGGAACAAGUUUUCAUGCGUGUCUUUACUCAAGGGGGUCUCGAUCUGACCAUUGGGGACAUGGAAUUGGGCUCUAGUACACCUACGAGCCCUGUGUUGAUAAACACUGAGAUAGUGUGACGGGGAGCCUGAGGUGAUUAGAGUAGAGCUAUCUAAGUAAAGUAGUAGGUAGUUGUAUCAAUUAGUCGAUUAUUACUGCAGG